ACCGAAAGCAUCUAUUCUAUAGAAACAAUUAAUAAAUCACAAUGACAUCCAACACCAAUCCUGGAAACUUCGCCAACCGCCCUCACGACGAGGUGGAGAAUAUCGCUCAGAAGGGCGGCCACGCCAGUCAGGGUCGUGGUGUAUUCGCAAGCAUGGACGAGGACAAGCAGAGGGAGAUUGCGUCGAUGGGCGGACACGCUUCUGGUGGCAGCUUUGAACCGGGAGAUCCCCGCGCCAGAGAGGCCGGUCACAAAGGAGGCCAGGCCUCUGGAGGAAGCUUCGAGCCGGGAGAUCCAAGGGCUCAGGAGGCGGGACGGAAGGGAGGGUUGAGUGGCCGUCCGGAGGAGUAAGUUUCCUUGAGUCGGUGUGAAAUACUUAAACUUGGUCUUGGCCAAGAAUUUCAUACAAAUUGUAUGAUGCUUAUCUGUUUUUUCUUCGU